CAAAUCAGUAACCAAAUUGUCAGUAUACAAGUCAGAUCACCCUCUCACUUUGGGAUCAUUUAAUUUAUAGUAAUUCCAGUCAACGAUGAACUAAUAUCAGUGAGUCAAAAGUACGCGCGAUAUGAAUACCUCCAUGCAGUGCCACAACAUGUGCCCCAAUAUAAACGACUCCAAGCAGUGCCCCGACACGUGUCCCAAUAUGAAUGACCUCAUGCAGUGCCACAUCUUUCCCAACACUUUCGACUUUAGAGGUUGCCUGGAGUACGACCAGAGCAAUCCGUGCUGUAACCCGCGUUUUCACAUAGAAGGGUAUGAUACGGUACCACCUACACAACAAUGUCCUCCCAUGCAUCCAUAUCCACCGCAACCCUGUACUCCUUCACCUCAAUACCCGGGACAAUGCACUGCUCCUCCACCUGCACCACCAAAUAUUAGCCAUGCAACGCAACAAUCGCGCCAGAGGGCAAGCCGCUCGAAGCACCCACACAAAAAGCACGCACCUCUCUGCUCUGUGGUCACCAUCUUCCGUCGUAGUACAAGUUUUGCAAGUUCCACUAAGAGUUCCAAUGGCGUUGUGGCCGUGGGUCGAUAUCGGCAUUCGCGUAGAUGUCAUCAUAUGCGUAAACAUUCACAUCGGCGACAUCAUACUGGUGAAAGCAUAGGUGAACCAACAGGCUUCACACCAAUGAACAAUCAGUACACCGACAUCAAUGGGAUACCCGAAGUGACUUGCCCUGACACCAUGAAUACUGAUGGUUCGAUGUAUAACGGCAACACCUUUGCUCAGCCCAUAUACCCGAACCCUUACGGUUCGUACCAGUGUUACAACCAGUAUAUGAUCUUUCCAAGUCCAAACAAUAACAAUUUUUACCAGCCUCAAGCGGUAACACCAGCAAUACCAAUUUGGAACUGCAUGAACUAUUUUUGAUAUUUGAACGAAACUAUAAAAUUUGGGUGGAAUUAAGAAACUAUACAUGUUAACGCAAAAUAAAUUUUUCUUGAAUUGCUUUUAAA